UCCUAAAAAUAAAAAGCCAAUGUUUGAACAAACGUCGCUCCAUAUUUGUUGCACGAUAACACAAAUAAACAUUCGAGCCAAUGAGGCGUUCGCUUAUUUCAUGUCACUCGUGAUAUCACUCGCCUCUUCGCUGAUAAGAUAAAAACAUAUUGAGAUUUAAAGGUGUUCUUUCAGUAGGCUUUCUAAUUCGGUGGAAAAUGUACUUCCUGACGAUAUGCAAAGUGUUGAUAACAUUGUGCGUGCUAGUGACGGCCGGCCACGCCGCGGACGAGGGACACACUGCGCCCUGUGACAUAUCCGUGCAGGACACGUCCAACCUGACACUCAACUGUUCGCGCAGGAACAUACAGUCCAUUCCCGAAUGGCCUCAACAAAUAAACAACAUAAACGAAGAUGGAGACGUGCUGAUAACCUUCUUCAACAACAGCAUCACUAACGUCACGCAGCUGGGACCCGUACCGGGCAUCAGGAUAGCGAUCAGCUUCAAAGCGAACAGGAUCCUCGAUAUCGAAGACGAUGCGUUCAGAAACAUUGAACGAUUGGUCUACUUGGAUUUGAGCCACAACAGCAUCUCAGGGGACGUACUCAGAAGCGAAAUUUUCCAAGGCCCGUACAAAAACGGAGUGUACGGUGACAUAGCUUUGGAGACUCUCAACCUGGGACAUAACAAGAUCCAUUCACUGGACAGAUACUUUUUCAAAUACACGCCCAAUUUAACGCGACUGUAUCUAAACAACAACCCCAUAGAAAUAUUGGACCAUGUCACUAUGCUCGCAUUGUCUAGUGCAAGGAAUUUGGAGGUAUUAGAUUUAUCCAAAACAGAGAUUGGUAGCAUACCGCUUGACGCGUUCAAGGGCCUAGCCAAACUGCAGCAGAUAGAUCUAUCGGACAACCAGUUCGUGACCGUGCCGGAGAGCUUGAGCCUCGUCGGCAACACCUUGAAGUACUUGACGUUCAACAAUAACCCCAUUGUCGAACUUAAUGACGACAGUUUCGUCGGACUGUCGAACCUACUAGAAUUAGAAGUCGGUGAGAACGACUACUUGGACGAAGUGAAACGCAGUACCUUCACUCCACUGAAGAGUUUAAGGGUGCUGCAUCUGUGCCACAACCCGAACCUUAGGUACAUCAGCCACAAUGCCUUCAGAGGAUUGAAAGACAAAUGGACGCUGAAGGAGGUAUAUUUGGAUGAUAACAACUUAAGUGAACUAUCAGCGGAUUUGAUGCCAUGGAACAAAUUGGAGACAUUAGGCAUGACCGGCAAUAACUGGUUGUGCAAUUGUGAUCUCGCAAACAUUGUCACCAGACAAGGGGCUGGCACUAAAUUUAGACCAGGAGAUAUACCAUACUGUGCAGCCCCCAUGAGAAUGAGUGGAGAAUACAUAACAAACAUCACUAUGACUUUCUGUCCAACACUGGACUCUACAUUUAUACCCAAAAAGAAUUUCACAUUCUCAGACCUAAGACCAAAACAUGUCCUGUGGAGCAUCCUUGGAGUUGCCUGCAUUGUACUGAUUGGCAUGUUGCUUGGUUUACUUGUCAAUACACUCAAAUCAGUGUAUAACAAAAGGAUUAGGAGCCAGCCAAUCCGCUACAUAAACCUUAAUGCUGAUGCAAGUUUUGCAUGAUGUGCUAUGUAUGGUUGUUAAAUUAUUAGCUUUAUCAUACCCUGUAUAUUGUUUAGAAAAUAAUGUAUAUAAAUGUAUCAAUAAAUUUUUCAGAUAAUAAAUAUUUCUAUAGUCAGA